AUGGCGCCGCCAGCCAAACGACGAAAGCGAAAUGUCCUUCCAUCAUCAUCCCCGUCCUCAGCCUCUGACGGCGCCGACGAGGUCACCUUGGGCAGGAAGGAAGCUCAAUCGGUCAACCGAAUAUCCUCAUCGCCAACGCCGGCGAGUGGCAUUAAACCUGCUGGCUCUGGAGAAGCUUCAAGCCAAAUGAGGGCGACUCAAACCAAACUGCAACCUCGCGGCAAGACAGCCAACCAGCCCGAAAAUGGCGACCCUCUCUAUCCUCCGAAGAAUCCUCGCGGUAUCAACGGGAAGACAAAGAGUGCUAGUACUAGCCCAGAGAAACCAAAGCGGAGAGGGAAGAGUGACGACAAAGUCAAAAGCGGAAAUAUAUUUACCUUCUUCACGAAGCAGGCACAACGGCAGCAAGCGGGUGGGGCAGGGACAGGAACAACCACAGCAAGGCUGAAUACUAUGUCUAAAGACUCGAAGGCAGAGGACUAUGAUAUAAUAUCGGAUGAUGAUUUGCUGGAGGAUACGGUCAAAACGUCGAGCGUGGUAGGUCUGGCGGCUCGCAAACGAACAAGAGGCUCCCAACCCCUCAAAAAUAGCGAUGUGGAAGCACCAAGUUUGAGUCAGAGGUUUUUGAGCAAACCAAAGCUUCCUCCCGCGGCCAAAACCGAAGAAGAUUUAAGGCCUUGGGCUGAACGGUUCGCACCAGUUAAUUUGGACGAGUUGGCAGUUCACAAGAAGAAAGUUUCGGAUGUUAGAGGAUGGCUAGACAACGUCAUAGAUGGCAGAAUGAGACAGCGAUUACUCUUGCUGAAGGGGCCAGCUGGCACUGGAAAGACAACUACGGUUCAGCUCCUGGCAAAGGAUAUGGGUUGCGAGGUAUUGGAAUGGCGCAACCCGGUUGGGUCUGUCGCAACCGCGGAGGGAUUUCAAUCAAUGGCAGCACAAUUCGAAGAAUUCUUGGGACGAGGCGGAAAAUUUGGUCAAUUGGACAUAUUUUCUAGCGAUGACCGAGAACUUUCGAGACCGGAACCCAAACCGUUAGACCGUCGAAAACGAAUUAUUCUUGUAGAAGAAUUUCCCAAUACGUUUACUCGCUCCUCGACGGCAUUACAAUCAUUCAGGGGGGCCAUUGUGCAGUAUCUUUCGUCCAAUACACCCCCACUCUCGAUGUUUCAUCAGAACCACUCUCUUAAGGAUCCUAUCACACCUGUAGUCAUGAUUAUAUCGGAAACGUUGCUCACGACUACGUCCGCCUCUGCGGAUAGCUUUACAGCACAUCGAUUAUUAGGCCCGGAAAUUCUCCAACAUCCGGGUGUCGGGGCCAUUGAAUUCAAUCCUAUUGCUCCGACGUUGUUAGCAAAAGCCCUCGACAUUCUUGUCCAAAAAGAAUCGAGGAAAUCGGGGAGGAGGAAGACUCCGGGGCCUUUAGUUCUCAAGAAGCUCGGCGAGAUUGGUGAUAUCAGGAGCGCAAUUGGGUCACUGGAGUUCCUGUGCUUAAGGGGUGAUAGGGAUGGAGAUUGGGGAGCCAAGAUAGCAUUCGGAAAAGCUAAGAAAAGCAGCAAAGAUGUGACUUUGACAAGGAUGGAAGAAGAGAGCCUGGAGAUGGUUACUCGCCGUGAGGCUAGCCUCGGCAUUUUCCAUGCUGUUGGCAAAGUUGUCUAUAACAAGCGCGAUGAGAGACCCCCUCAAUUACCUGCCGAUGCAGAUGUUGAGCAACUCCCAGGAUAUAUAUCCACAUAUGCUCGUCCGAGAAGGUCCCAAAUAUCGGUUAACGAGCUUAUUGACGAGACUGGAACAGAUACACAGACCUUUAUCGCCGCACUCCAUGAAAAUUAUAUCUUGUCCUGUGAAGCGCCUCCAAGCUCAUUCGAAUUUUCCUCUCUCGAUCAUGUCAAUGGAUGCAUUGAUGCACUAUCAGAGAGUGAUCUGCUAUGCCCUUCCUGGGACGGAUCGCUCAACUCGAGUGGCUUUGGCGGUGGCACUGGUGGUAGAGGAACAGGCGGCGAUAUACUUCGACAGGAUGAAAUCGCCUUCCAAGUUGCUAUACGCGGGAUCUUGUUUUCGCUCCCUUACCCAGUAAAACGUAAGGCCCCCGCGGCUGGUGGUCUUCGGACAGGAAAAGGUGGCGACGCAUUCAAGAUGUUCUAUCCCACAAGUCUCAAACUAUGGAGAAUGAAAGAAGAGAUCGAAAGCACGAUUGAUCACUACGUGACAAGAUUGAUGAAAGGAGACGACGAGCAUUUGAGCGGUAUCACGGCCGGGGCCGCCGCAUUUGCAAGGCCGAAAACCGGAACCGUCGAGAGCUGGAAGAAUUCUCGGGUUUCACACGUCUCCAGCCCUACGAAAGUAAAGAAAGAUACAGAGCCACCUCCUGCGCCGUUGUUAUCCCUCGGCACAUCCGCACGCAAAGAAAUGCUUCUCGAGCGUCUGCCAUACAUGUUACUCAUCAAAAGAGCGAAGAAAAGUCCAGCUUCCGCCAGAGCCAUCAAAGACAUAGAAAAAGUUGCCACAUUUCAUGGCAUUGGCGGGCCUUCUGAAGAUGCCCCCGAUGAGGCCGACGAUAACGCGGUUGCAGGCGAGGAGUGGGCGACUGAUAAGCCCGUGGAGGGAAGUUCGCCGAGGAAGAAGGAACUGGUGAUUCGAGGGCGUGGUAUGGCGACGGGACUUCCUUUGUCGCAGCCUCAGGAGCAGAAAUUUGUUUUGAGUGAUGAUGAUAUAGAGGAUGAUUGA